AUGUGGCUUUCUUUGGCCAAUGGAACGGGGCAGAAGCGACUAGAUAGACUUGACCUCUCAAGAGGCCUCCCAUACUGCCACUCGCCCUCUUAUGCAUCUGCCACCACCAUGAGAAGGGCCCAUCCAGCUAGCUCGCCCCUGAUCCUGGGAGGACUACACACGCGGAGAGCUGUCCGCCAGCUUGCGGACUCCUGGGGAGCCCAGCUGAGGUCAGCAGAGCUGCAGGGCCAUGAGAAAGAAUGCCUGUUGUUUAGGACACUGGACCUCAGUGGCUGUUUGUCACUCUGUGUUACUGCAGCAAUGGGUAUCAAUACAGUGGGGGUAGAAAGAUGUGAAGAAAGCCAAGAAAUGCUGAGGGAAAGUGAUGGAGGUGACAGUGAAUCAGUCAGUCAGGGAGUGGGUGAGACUGAGCGAGAGCCUUGGAGAACUCAGGGUUUGGCUCAGGUGCCUGGGGGGUUCAAAGGUGCCAGUGCCUGGGACAGAGAACACAGAAGGAAGAGGAGACAUGACCUCCCACAUCAGACUUGCGUCAGCAGCAGCGCUCUCUACUGUCCCCUGACCCUUUCUUUGUCCUUGUUCCUGGAGGAGGCCAGAGCCUGUGUCUGUCAGGAUAAGCCCCAGGGGGCAGAACCACUGGUUCAGGAUUACGCGCAUCCCUGCUACACUCAGCUGCCCCCAGGGCCUCGGCUCCAUCAGAACUUCUCCUCCUUUAAAGAUAUGAUCCAAGAUAAAGAUAAAUUCCCCGAAGUUUCUGAAACUAUGGUCCAGACUGAACAAAUAUUAAAGGCAGGUUCCAAAACAGAUGUCCAAGUCUCCUCUCCACCUCCUGACGAAAACAUACAUCUCAUAUCUCUAGAGGGUGAUUCAGAACAGACCGCGACACCUGCUGUUAAGCCCCAAAUGCCCAAAAAAUAUCCGGUAUUGAAACUUCAAAAUAAAGAGAAACCUCUAAAUUCUGAUCCCUCCGAGGUGGAUUGGGGAGAUCUGGACACAGAGGCCGCUGAAUACCAUGCGUCAGAUGAUGCAUUCUUGGCUCAGCCCUUGUCGCACCCUCUCCCUUACAAUUUGCCCUCUGCUCCCGCAGUGGUGACUGUAUCAGAUCCUUUAAAAAAUUUAGAGUCAAAGGUUCAACAACUAGAAAAACAAAUUCUCUUAGAGGAAAAACUCCAGGUCUUAACGACCAAACUGCAAGAAUUACAAACAAAACACAUGAAUACAACAUGUCAAACUAAAGCGACUGGCUAUUGCCCUCCAUUAAACAACAAGUUAGUCCCCCCCACAGAAAGAGCUCCCAUUCAUGUAGAUCAAAGUCUUUUUGACCAACUUGAGGCCUUCCCAGUAUCUGAAUCUGUGGAUAACGUGGGACGAAUUACCCGCAAACAUGACAGGGCUGAUAAAGAUUGGGGUCUUGACAUGUUAACUGGCUCCGGUGACUAUUCUAGUAUUGAGGAACAAAAAAACUAUGACCCAGGUCUAUUUUCCCAAAUUCAAACAGCCGCUUUAAAGGCUUGGAGAAGGCUCCCAGCUAAGGGGGAUUCAAGUGCUUCGUUUACAGGAGUAAAACAAGGGCCUGAAGAGCCUUUUUCGGAUUUUGUUAACUGGCUAAUGACAACAGCAGAUAGGUUGUUGGGCAAUGCGGAUGCCAAUCUUGAUUAUAUAAAACAAUUGGCUUUUGAAAAUGCUAAUCCUGCAUGCCAGGUGGCCAUUAGGCCCUGCAAAAAUAAAACUGAUCUUCAAGGAUAUAUUCGUCUUUGCUCGGACAUUGGCUCCUCUUAUCAACAAGGUUUAGCCAUGGCCGCAGCCCUCAGUGGACAAACAGGCAGGGCCGCGCUCGCCCGGGCCGCAGACUGUGAGGUGGAGCAGUGGGAUUCAGAUGAGCCCAUCCCCAGUGAGGAGCUGGAGCGAGGUUUGGCGGGGGCCCACGGCCUGCUGUGCCUCCUCUCUGACCGCGUGGACAAGAGGCUCCUGGAUGCGGCAGGAGCCAGUCUCAAAGUCAUCAGCACACUGUCCGUGGGCGUGGACCACUUGGCUUUGGAUGAAAUAAAGAAGCGUGGGAUCCGAGUGGGCUACACUCCAGAUGUCCUGACAGACACCACCGCUGAACUUGCUGUCUCUCUGCUACUCACCACCUGCCGCCGGUUGCCCGAGGCCAUCGAGGAAGUGAAGAAUGGCGGCUGGACCUCGUGGAAGCCCCUGUGGAUGUGUGGCUACGGACUCACGCAGAGCACUGUUGGCAUCAUCGGGCUGGGACGCAUAGGCCAGGCCAUUGCUCGACGUCUGAAGCCAUUCGGUGUCCAGAGAUUUCUAUACACAGGCCGCCAGCCUAGGCCUCAGGAAGCAGCGGAAUUCCAGGCAGAGUUCGUGUCUGUCCCUCAGCUGGCUGCUGAGUCUGACUUCAUCAUCGUGGUCUGCUCCUUAACACCUGCAACCAAGGGACUCUGCAACAAGGACUUCUUUGAGAAGAUGAAGAAAACAGCUGUGUUUGUCAACGUCAGCAGGGGAGACGUCGUAAACCAGGAUGACCUGUACCAGGCCUUGGCCAGUGGUCAAAUUGCAGCUGCUGGACUGGAUGUGACAACCCCAGAACCACUGCCCACAAACCACCCUCUCCUGACGCUGAAGAACUGUGUGAUACUGCCCCACAUUGGCAGUGCCACCUACAGAACUCGCAACACCAUGUCCUUGCUGGCAGCUGACAACUUGCUGGCUGGCCUGAGAGGGGAGCCAAUGCCCAGUGAACUCAAGCUGUAGCCAGACAGGAGACACCAAGGGCUGAGGCAGUCGGUGCCCUGGGAUUCUGUCAGACGUGCCCAGGCUUGAUGUGGACCCACAGACAGGAGCCAAGGAAAGGUCUGAUCUGUACUGACUGCGAGGGAAGACUGGUGUUGAUGGGUGUGACUGCCACCUUUGUGGUUGGACACAGCUGAGCCAAAAGGGUGUAAUUCUAUUAUUAAACAAUUCUUUAAGAGAC